ACUCCGACAAUAUUCCAUAUAUUCCGAACGUAUUAUUUCUAUUACUAAAACUUAGUAAAUUUUCCUGGAAAACACACCCAUGGCAAACCAUUGCGUCAUAAUAUCAAAUAGUAACACAUGCUUCUUACAUAAUGCCGUGCAUGUAAAUACAUUGUCGGUUUGACGUCAUUCUGGAAUUACACCAUCCAAAUAAAAGCAGCAAUGGAAAACUAAAUAAACGUACGUGACGUGCGCAGUUUCACCCGAGUUUCCAUGAAGGCGAUAAAAAUCUAUAUAGGUAGUAGGUAUACGUAGGUUUUUACGAUUAACAUUACCGUCUAUCGUUCAGUUUCCUUUAGUAGCUCUUUGCUCUUUGUCGGUUUUGUGAUAGAGUGGUCGAUUGGUUGACGCUUGAUAAAACUUCGUUUGGUUAAGUUUCGUCAUAAAGGCAUCAGUGGCUUACGUUGACACAGUUACGACAUCACCAGUAUAAUUUGUGUCCCAUAUCAGUGACCUUGACCUUCUAAUACGUUUACAAAAUGGCCCAAAAUAAACCGGUAUUCGAUUAUCACGAGGAAACUCAGUCGGAGAAGUUAGCGAGGAAAACAAAAGAAUCUCCAUUCAUGGUUAUCGGAAUUGCUGGUUUAGCAUCAGCAGUGGGGUAUGGGGUGUACUCCUACAAGAACCGUGGAGCCAUGAGCACCAGCGUCUUCCUGAUGCAAUUCCGUGUGAUCGCUCAAGGCUUAGUGGUCGGGGCGUUGACCGCUGGCAUGGGCUACUCACUAUACCAAACCUAUAUUCAUAAACCCAAGCCUGUUGAAGCCGAACACUGAACAAUGAAAAAUAUGUUCUUUCACUCUAUUGUUUUCUCUUACUCUUUACUGUUCGCGCAUUAUAAAUGGAGGUAGUCUAAUUCUUCAAUAGCUCUGAGUAAAGGAUCGGAUUCAAAUUCGAUAUGCCUUAGGUUCAGGUUUCGAACCAUAUAGGUCUGUGGACUAUUGUCGUACCCACUCCUAACAUAGGCUUUCUGACUAUUUAAAGGAAAAGGGGAAUAUUAGUUAGGUAUAUUUCAAAAUAUGUACAGUGCCUGAUUAAGGUGACUUGAUGCUUUGCAAUCUUCCCCUGUGGGAUCUAUCCUUAAAUACCUUAAAGGCUAAUCCAGGACUACCUAUAAAAAAAUAUGCGACCAGUGUUUAACAUAAGGAGUUCUCGUCUAUUUUAAAUAAUAAGUGUGUGAAGUUUCAUUUAGGUAAUAUAGCUAGUAAGAAUCUAUUUAUGUAAUAUGUAUUUGUAGAUAUAAAUAGAUGUAUGAAAGAGAAAAGAAUACCUUUGAUUAUAUAAAUAUAUCUAUGAAGAAUACAUAGGCAAUAUUUAUGUUACUAGCCUGGUUACUGCCAAUCCAUUUUGUCUUGGGUUUGAAUCCCAAUUACGAGUACCACCCUGCCGUGAAAGGCAUACCACUUCGCAAAUAAGCGUCUCGUGGACCUACUGUUGCUUAGUGGUCAUCAGAUGAGAUUGUGGUCAAGUGCGAGCCUAUUUCAUAUUUAAAAACAAAAAAAAAUCAAAUAAACAAUUCCUCUUUGAUGUUAGCACUCUAUAGUCUUAGUUACAAUCUUACAAGAUGGUAUUGGCAUCGGAGAUUGGUAUAAUUAUGGGAGCACAAUUAAUGGUCUUUGAGUCCUAUGUCUAUGAAUAGUUUUUGUCAUAAUAAGUGCCUGUUAAAUGAUAAUAAUUAAAAUACACCCAGUAGACUCCGCGCCACAAAACAAGCUGCCGUAGAGGCUGCGCUAAUGUCUUAAUGGCGCACAUUGUCAUUUGGUAAUAGCGAUUUCAUUGUCAAUAAUAUGGGUAAGGCGCUGUCAAUUUUAGUUCAUUUUUCAUUUGAUUUUAGCCGCGGGACUUCCUUCUUGGCGCGGAGUCUACUACAUAUUACAUACUUGAAAUAGACCUAUUAAUUUUUUACUUUCAAAUAUAUUGAAACUAUUUUAAACUUUUGUACAACUGUGAUAAGGUUCAUUAUAUAGUUUUAUUAGAAAAAUAUAUUUCAUAUUGAUGUGUAAAAGUUGCUUGAUGAAGAUAAUGUCAUAUUUUAUGACUUUGUAAAACUACAGUAAAACCAAAGUAUUAUGUAACGUUUUGUAAAAUCUUAGUUGAUGAAGAUUAAAUUAUUUGGUAUAUGUACUAUAACAAAUUGUUUUAUUUAUUAAUUU